AUGUUCAAGCGAACCCUCCUCAGACAAGCUCAGGCCUCUCGGUCUUUGCUCUCCGUCCGCUCCGCGUCCACAACGCCGCUGGCCGUCCGUCGGAUAUCGCAGGCCCAACCACAGCUCCUCCGCCCCUUCGCUGGUUUCCCUACUGCGCGGUGCUACUCUACAGAGAAUGGCGACAAGGAUAAGAAGGAAAAUGGGGCAGAAUCAGAGGCUGCCGAGGACCCGGUCACCAAGGAAUUAGAAGAGAAGCGCAAAGAGGUCGUUGAUCUCAAGGACAAAUAUGUCCGAUCCGUUGCAGACUUCCUCAACCUCCAGGAACGCACCAAGCGGGAUAUGGAGAACGCACGCAACUUCGCAAUCCAACGGUUCGCCGUCGACCUUCUUGAAAGUAUUGACAACUUCGACCGUGCUCUCCUUGCCGUCCCAUCGGAUAAGCUCUCCGCCACCAAGACCGAAGAGAACAAGGAUCUCCUAGAUCUCGUCGAUGGUCUUAAGAUGACCCAGCAUAUCCUGAUGAACACUCUACAGAAGCACGGCCUGCAAAGAUUUGACCCUGCUGAUCUCACUGAGGAUGGCAAAGCCCAGAAGUUCAACCCUAAUAUUCAUGAGGCCACAUUCAUGACCAAGGCUGAGGGCAAGGAAGACGGCGACAUCAUUCACGCUCAAACCAAGGGUUUCACGCUGAAUGGCCGUAUCCUAAGAGCUGCCAAGGUUGGUGUUGUGAAGAACAACUAA